AUGAAAUUCGGGACAUGUCACGGUGGACGGGAGUUGAGUCAUUGCAGGGGGCAGGCCAUCCGCAUGGCCUUCGCUCUCCAGCUGCACAAAGACCUGGAACACGACCCUCUGCGGAUACCGGGAAAAACACAGCUGAGCUUCAUCGACCGCGAGAUUCGGAGACGGACAAUGUGGGCGUGUUUCUUGAUGGACCGCUUCAACUCGUCGGGGACGGACCGGCCGACUUUCAUCCGGGAAGAAACAUUCAAGAUUCCGUUGCCCAUCAAAGAGAAGAACUUUCAAUACGAUUUGCCAGGGCCUACCGAGAUGCUCAAUGGACAGGUUCUCGAACCCCUCUCCGAGGAUCAGCCAAACGAAGCAAAGGAGAACAUGGGGGUUGCUGCCUGGAUGAUCAAGGCUAUUGCCGUAUGGGGCCGCAUCAUCAACUACCUCAACCAAGGUGGUAAAGAGAUGGAUCCUCACCCGAUGUGGAACCCAGAUUCGGAGUACACCAAACUCCUCAAGCAGACUGAAGAUUUUCUGACCGAGCUCCCCGAGACUUUGGCAUACACACCCGAGAACCUAAAACUACACGAGACCGAUAAUAUGGCGAACCAGUUCCUCUUCCUGCAUAUCUCCAUCCAACAAAACAUCCUCUUCAUGAACAGAUUCGCCGUAUCACCACCGAACGGCCAUUCAUUACAGGACGUACCGAAAGCCUUCGUGACGAAGGCAGGGGCCAAGGCUUUUGCCGCCGCGAAUCGGAUCUCAGAGCUCCUCAAAGACGCCGAGGCGCAUUUUAUCACCGCUCCGUUCACCGGGUACUGCGCAUUUCUUUCAAGCACCGUCCAUAUUUUUGGAAUAUUCUCCGGAAACCCCACUAUGGAGGCGACCUCGAAACGGAACUUGGCUACCAAUGUUAGAUUCCUGUCCAAGAUGAAGCGGUACUGGGGCAUGUUUCACUGGAUGUCGGAGAACCUCCGCGAACAAUACCGCACCUGUGCGGAUGCCGCGAGGCAAGGCAACCCCGCUAGCGAGAGCGCAGCGUCGCCAAUCUUCCAGUACGGCGACUGGUUCGACCGCUAUCCCCACGGCGUGUCACAGUCGGACUUCCUCGACCCCGCCACAUACAAGAAGAAAGAAAAGGGGGACGACGCCGUGCUCGAACAAAAACCAGAACUCCACACAGUGGAGGAGUUUUUCACCACCCUCUCCCCACAAAGCGCCGAGAAUGCUGCGGCCAACGGCAUCCCCCGUUCCGGCCCGCCCACUGCCGCGCAACUCAAGCGCAAAUCUAUGGUCCGCAAAGCAAGCACCACCUCUCGUGGCGGCGGGCCCGGGCCAGACCAAGGGCUGGAGCCCCUCCAAACCGACUUCGCCCGCGCCACCGCCGAACAACUCCACGCCGCCCGGUUACACCAACGCUCUUUCUCCAACGCAACCCCCAAUGGCGGCGCCCCGACAAGCGGUGCACCACCAAGCUCCUUCAACCCUCUUGCCGUAGCCGGCAAUGGCCCGGGUGGUUACCACCCGGCCCUCUCCCCCGUCUCCCCCGUCGCCUUCUCUCACCCACACCAUCACCAUGGCCCGCCCCAGUCGUUUUUCCCUCCCGACCCCUUCGCCAUGCCCCUCGCCGCGGCCCACGGCAUGUCCCGCCUCGACCGCCAGCUCGUUUUCGGCGCGUACGGCGGCCACAGCCACGUCGACCAUCCUUCCCUUGGCGGCUCCGGUCUCGCCGGAUGGACGGACGGGAACAACGCCGCCGCGGCUGCCGCGGCAGCUGCUGCUGCGGCCGAAGGCCGUGACGGGCACGGCCAUCCCCACGGGAGGCAUCAUGGACAUGGCCAUGGAGGGCAUGGGGGACAUGGCGGCCAUCUUGGACAUGGCGGGCACCAGCACCCUGCGGAUGCGGCGCUGCACGCGGCGUUUGGCGAGCCCAGUUCGGCGUGGUUUAUGCCGUUUAAUAUGGAGCCGCCUGAGCUGGGGCCGGAAGGGUUGGGGGUUGGGGGCGGGAUGGGAGGGGGGCUGGAUGGGUUUGCUAGUAUGUUUGGGGGUGGCGGUGGCGGCGGUGGGGGGAUGCAUCAUCGUUGA